AACUAUCCUCUAGGCUCUACCAAUUUUGUGAACAUUAAAUCGAGAUCGAGCUGAGUUUUGCAUCAAGUUUACAGUUUAAUCAUGGCAGUACACUUAGUGUGCCUUACUAACGAGGGAGGUGUUCCUCUAUUUACACGAACGAAGGGAGAUGUAAAAUCUCUUGCUUUCGCCGAGCAGGGCAUGCUGUACGGUGUUCAGAUGUUUGCCCAAAAUCACGGGGUCAAGCUAGAGAGUACGACCACUGAAGAGGCUAAGGUCAUCUGGCAGGUGUUUCAUGAUAGUGUGACCUUGGUGUUGGUGACAAGCAAUGAUGGGAGUUGCGAUAUACAUUACAAGACGCUCAUCAACCACAUAUUUCAUGCAAUGGUAAUGUUCAUAGGCCUGGAGACCCUAGUGAGCAUUAGGACUGUAGAAAAACUUCGCAGGGAAAUCAAGGUCUGUUACCCGGUUAUUGAUACGCUUCUCCAAGAUACUGACCUGUAUGGUGCUCUCUCAUCAUCAGUAGAUGUCCUUGUCUCAGCAGAAAACACAACUUUACAGGAACCUCUUGAGGCAUUUGUCACCAGCGCAGAAAGUACGUUUGGUUGUCUCCAUGCUGACGGCAAGCUAGUGGUCGCUACGUCCAAUUGGUGGGCACUCAGCGGUCAAGAGAUGAUGCUGGUGGCCAAAUUCAUCCAGUCCCUACCCAUCGGAACGUCCAGCGAUGUGCCCAUCUAUCUGCCACAUGCAAGUCCAAAGGACCCCCACAGAUUAUUGAGCAUCCAUCUUCAACCCGGUGUGGUUGUGAGCGUCCUGUGCUAUGCUAACCCUACCCUAGCCGAGGCAGAGGAACAACUCAUCGAGCCGGCCUGGAGGUUGCAUCACGAGGCGCUCCGAGCAAUCCAAAGGGCGCCCUCGUCCAACAUCCCAAGGACAAUCCCAUUGGAUGCAGGCAUAUUGGGGUAUGUUUUAUUGAACACCGACCAGCACAAGUGUCUGUCGUCAGUCCGCCUUCCUCUGAUUGCAGGGGGCGCGGCCGAGCUGAAGCCCCUCCCACCCUACGCCCGGAGAGAGAUUCUCACGGCUUUCUACCGCACCGUGGUGGGAGGACUCUUCCCCCCUUCCCUCAGCCCAGAGAGACAAGAUUCAUCGGGGGAAGCCUACAAGUGCCUGCCACACAGCGCAGAAGAGACUUACAUGUGUGGUGACGACUUUAAGACCUAUGCCCUCAACUCUGGAGGCUUUCAGUUUUUUGUUCUCUUCUCAUCGGCAGUCCCACAGUAUGCGAUGAGAUCUGUGACCAAAAAUCUUCUAGGAACGCUGUCCAAAGAGAAGAUCUUUGUCGAUCGAAGGACAAAGUCAUCUUGAUAACUGGAUUGAGAUGGUCUGGAAUGGACAGACUACAAGAAGAAGUCAUUGACCGUGGCUCGUGGUAGCAUGACAAGGUCAUCUUGCCAUCUUGGAUGUAGGAUAGUCUCUACAUGUAUGAAAGAGACUGCAUUCAUCGCCUGCUCCUCAUGAUGCCAAACUUAGCAUCCAUCGAACAAGAAGAAGAAGCGCUGCAAUGAUUGCUCGACAAAGACAUCUCAAUAGCUUGGAUCUACGAUGGGAUCUGUUGGAGUAGCUGCAAUAAGAGAUCCUUGCUUGUGGCUUAUGAUGCAUGAUAAUAUCAGUAUCACAAAAAAGGAGCGCUACAUCAGUGAUUGCAUGAGAAACUUAUUUGAUACCUCGGAUGUAGUUUGGAGCUUGUUCCCACUUUCUGUAGCCAUUUCCGUAGCCAUCGCAUAUAGCUAUCGAUGCUCAUAAAACCAUCAAUAUCACAAUGAGCACUGCAAUGAUGGCAGAACUAAAGUCCUCUUGAUAUCUUGGAUGUAGGAAGGUCUUGAUCUGAGAAGUGCAAUAUAAGGUCGUCAACUAUAGCUUCUGGUGUCAAUGGUGCUACCUGUCUCACCAAGAAGGAGCCAUUUAAUUAUGAUUGGACAAAGACACUUUUAAUCUUGAAUGUAGGAGGGUCUUGAAUGAGACACUGUACUACAAGGCCAUUACCUAUAGCUCCUGGUGUCAAUGGUGCUACCUGUCUUACCAAGAAGGAGCCAUUUAAUGAUGACAUGACAAAGACCCCUACAAAUCUUGGGUGUAGGAUGGUCUGAAUUAGCUAGACUGCAAGAAGUGGCCCUCACUUACAGCUCAAGUUGCCAUAGAUACCAUCUCUUUCACAAGAAUUUAUGCCACAGUCAUCGUAUAGCAAAGUCACCUUGGUAUCUGGGAUAUAUAGAUGAUUUAGAAUGCUUCCAUUUAAGUUACGUAGUCAUUCCCUAAAGCUCAACACCUUGGCAUUGAAACCCUCUAGGUGUUUGGGUUUACAGGGUUCUGGGAGGAGGGGGCAGAGUGUCGGUAACACUGAUGACGCCCAAUAAAAAAUUUGGCAGCUGUGGUGAAACUGAGAAUUGUUUCUGCUCCUUCAGACGGGGCUGUGACAAACACUGGUGUGAAGACAGAAUUCAACUUGUAUCGAAUGGUACCAUGAAAUGUCCUGGUGAUCAGAAGCGUCCUUUUGCUACCAUAUGCUUAUGCUGAGACUGUUUGUAGAGGAAGCUUUGGGCUUGGAGCCAGGUGGCAAUAGGUGGAGAAGCCACUGUCUAUCAAAGCUGUGAGAGGUGUGCUCUUUAUCUUGACAGUGAUCGUUGGUUUCACCUUAGAUGAUUGAGGCGUAUUGAGUUUUGUGCCUAAACAAUGCUGGGGGGGGGGGGCACAUCUAGGUUUAUAGCAUUGAUAGCCCACUGUUGUACUGGUCUUUCCUGCGUUGUAGUACUUCAACACCGUUUGGUGAAGUGGUUUCGUUUUCAGCAUGAGUGACAUGUAACCCCUGGAUCAGGCCAGAUUUUUUCGGGUGGAUGCCGAAGAGUUCCUCCUCAGUUGCGACAUUUAAGCUUUCGCUGUUGUUGUGGACACUCAUCUAUCAAUUGCGUACAUUACGAAGUGAUGCGGCUGAAAAAAAGCAUGGUCUUUUCAUUGAUGCUGUUUGUGUGUCGGCAACUUCAAUGCUCUCGCUGUUUUUAAUAGUUGCAUUAAUGUGAGUUUGGAUAUAAAGCACUGAGAACUGUUAUUACCUAUAGCUUUAUCCAAGCUUCCUGAUAAGGUGCUCAUAAGAAUUCUAGGAAUUUCUUCCUUCUGGGCACCCAUUUAAAGUUUUCUUCUGUACACAAAAACUGCAAGUGGUUGUUCAUGUGUUUGGUAAUUGAAGUUGUAUGUAUUUUACGUAAUUGUUUGUUCUUGAACAUGUGCAAUGAUAAUCCGAUGUCCUUUGAAAAUGAUAAUUGAUUUGUCAAUUACUUUGAAUUUAAUAAUCUCUAUAUAAUGGAAUGCAAUAUAAUGUCCUUUGGGAUUACUAAGUAUUCAAGCAGGUUGACAUGUCUCCAUCAUAUCAGCAAAAGCAUCUGGUACAAAAAUACAAAAUAGCAAGAAAUAAAGUUAUAAACACAGAAUAA